AAGUAGGAAUGAUAUCAUACUCGGGCCUCGGCCUUCCUCUUCAUAUUUCGAAACCUGCUUUGGCGGUGCUCCUCAGAAACCCUAAACCCUAAAUGGCUUCGUCGUUGUCGGAGAUUGUGUCAUCAUCAUCGUCAUCAUCAAUUGAGCAGAGCCUUUGCAUCUAAUUCCUGCAUUAUACAUUUUUAUCUUUUUUUUUUUUUUUUUUUUUUUUAAUUCUUCGAGUUGAAGCAUGUACUCUGGUUCUUGGAAUCCCACCCACAUACAUUAACCACUCCACUCCACAUUUUUCUUUUUCUUUUUUCAAUUUUCAGCUUCUGAGUGGUGAAGUGGCUUUUGCAAUCGUCGGCUGCACUUCGAUUUGUUUGGUUGCUAAGAUUGGGUCAUAAUGAGGAGCAUCAAACCCUUGCCUGAGGCUGUUCACAGCUCAGUUCGGUCUGGAAUAAUCUUGUUUGACUUGACUAGGGUUGUGGAAGAGCUGAUAUAUAACAGUCUUGAUGCUGGUGCAACCAAGGUGUCUGUUUCUAUAAGUGUUGGGACCUGUUAUAUUAAAGUAGUCGAUGAUGGCACUGGUGUUACUCGGGAUGGAUUGGUAUUGUUGGGAGAAAGAUAUGCAACAUCAAAGCUUCAUCAUUUGACUGAAAUGGAUGCUGCUACUGGUAGCUUUGGUUUUCGGGGUGAAGCAUUGGGCUCCAUUUCUGAUGUUUCAUUGUUAGAAAUAGUGACAAAAACUCAAGGAAGACCAAAUGGAUAUCGCAAAGUCAUGAAGGGCUGCAAAUGUUUGUAUCUUGGAAUUGAUGAUGAUAGGCAAGAUGUGGGCACAACAGUUGUUGUCCGUGAUUUAUUUUACAACCAACCAGUUCGGAGGAAGUAUUUGCAAUCUAGCCCCAAGAAGGUCUUGCACUCGGUCAAGAAAUGCGUAUUUCGAAUUGCCCUAGUACACUCAAAUGUUUCUUUCAAAGUUGUUGAUAUUGAAAGCGAUGAUGAGCUUCUCUGCACAAAAUCGUCCUCUUCUCCUUUGUCACUGCUAAUUAGUGGUUUGGGGAUUGAGGAUUCUAGCUCCCUUCAUGAAUUGAACAUAACUGAUGGUAUAUUAAAGCUUUCUGGAUAUGUUUCUGGUCCUUGCAAUACUUUCUCCAUUAAGGCCUUUCAAUAUGUCUAUAUCAACUCACGGUUCAUUUGCAAAGGCCCAAUUCAUAAACUGCUGAAUCAGUUGGCUACUGGGUUCAAGUCUUUUGAUCCAUGGAAGGCUAGCAGUGGCUCUCAAGACAAGAAAAGAAGUAGGUGUCAAGGAUAUCCAACAUAUAUUUUGAACUUAAGGUGCCCUCAAUCUCACUAUGAUUUAACUUUUGAACCAUCGAGGACUGCUGUUGAGUUCAAGGACUGGGUUCCCAUACUUGCCUUUCUUGAAAAAGCUGUUACACGCUUUUGGAGUGAACAUAUUGCACAUGGAGAAUCCUCUAUGCAUGCAAAUAAAACAUCAGGAAAAGAAUUGUUGAAGGAACAUGGCAAUGUUGUAUCAGCUGAAGAAGAUAUGUCAGAAGUUGCAAAAAGGCAGUGCAGGAUUCAAAAUUGUCUUCUGGGCUGCCUCUCUUCCCCUAUGGAGUUGCUAACCGAAGAGAAUGACCAUUUCUCUUGUAGAAAAGAAAAUAAAAUUCCAUUUCAGAAGUUACGCAAUGAUACCUCAGAAUUUGAAGGGCAACGAAAUAAGAUUGGAUUUGUUCAUCAAAUUGACUGUUCGUUCCAAUCACUGGAUGAUUCUCCUUCCAAAUGCAUAUCUGGUGUGCAUUCACAUACUGAGCACCUAGAGUUGCCUGAGGACAACUUUUUCAUUACAAAAAACAACUUCCUGGAGAAUAAAUUCACAGUUCUAGAAAGUUCCUUUGAUCAUGUAGAGGACAAGAUUUUGGGUUCAACAUGGGGGAAUGAGUCCCUUAAUGUUGAUCAUGAUAUGGGAAAUGGAUUUAGUGCACUAUCUUGUAAUAGUUAUGAAUUCAGGAAUGGUGUUGAGGAGGCCAGCAAGGAUUUCAAGAAACCUACUCUGCAGAGUUGCUCCUUGAGGAGAAGCUUGCUAUCUGAUUGGGAGAGUGAUAAAUUUGAAUUUCAAAUUGAUGGCUUGAGGACUAGGCAAAGGCAGAUUGACCAUAAUAAGAGCUUUGAUUUUUUUCCAGGUACUGCAUGGCAGGAAGAGGCAUCAAGUGAUUGGCCCUCUCCCAGACUCGUAACAAAACCUGAAAUGUGUACAGGUUUAGAUUUUAUGUCCAGAGAUUCUUUAAAGUCACUCUCAACUUAUAGAGAACGUUUUGCAGUGGACAACAACUUGCCACCUGAUUCAGUUGAACAAAGUGGAAAACUUGGCUCAGGCCAUCUGUCUUUGAACUCUGAAUGCUGUUCUAUGGUAUCACAAAGCUUAUUUCAGACCACACCUUGGGAUGUUGAACAUUUCACCCAUGAAAAUACUCCUCAAGGGGGCCUUGGAUCUGAUAGGAAUGUUAGUUAUGAACAUUUUAUAGAUAGUGAAAGUGGGGAAUGGAUUUUCAGUCAUGAUAUUAUGCCGAGUAGCUCCAGCCAAGAAAACUGCUCAUCCUCAAGUUGUAUAAACACUGGAUUAGGUCUUAAGGACUACACUGUUCCAAGUAGAGAUAUCUACAGACUUCUGAAAGAGAACAAUCUGGAUAAUAUCUUUACUCCAAGACAUUCUGAUAUACUAAGUAUUGAAACGGAUUGGUUAUACUCAAAAUCAUGUGGUAAAGAUAACAACAAUAAUCGUACAGUGCCAUCAUGCAGCAUUCCUUUAUCUACCUAUAUUCACAAGGAUGAAAACAAAAAAGAGAGGCUCAGAUACCAAAAUUGUGGACAAAUUCAUGCUUCAAAAGAAAGAUCAAGAAGUCAUUCAGCUCCACCAAUUUACAGAGGCAAGAGAAAGUUCUUGGCCUUAAAUGAUCAUUGGACAAUGGAAUCAAAAAAAGUAGAUGUCAUUGACAUCCAUGAUGCCCCCACUUUUCCAGAAACUGAUGAAUUGAAGCAUCCUCUACAAUCUUCUGGUGCAUGUAAUCAGUAUUUUAAGCCAAGCUUGUUGGAAGACCCAUUGUUCUAUGGCAGAUCUGAUGUGAAGAAAAUGCUGGAAAAUGAACCAGAUAUGGAUAAGAUUCAAAAUAUUGACAUUUUUAGGAAGUCUCAAUGUCUCCAUAUUGAUGAUGAUUCUUAUUCUUUCGAAGACUUCACCACAAAGGAAGCUACAGAUUUGAUGAACUCUGAGAGCAAGUGGAGGAAUAACUGUCCAAAAAUUGCAAGUGGAGAUAAAUCGCAGAAGUUUAAUGAUCAAUACAAUGUACUUGACAUCUCUUCGGGGAUCUUGCACCUUGCUGGCGAUUCAUUAAUUCCGCAAUCCAUAACUAAGAAUUGCCUUCAGGAUGCCAAAGUUCUCCAACAGGUGGACAAGAAAUUUAUCCCAGUUGUGGCUGAUGGAACGCUUGCUAUUAUUGACCAGCAUGCUGCGGAUGAAAGAAUUCGACUGGAAGAACUCCGCCAGAAAGUGUUAUCUGGAGAAGUGAAGACAAUUACAUAUCUGGAUGCUGAGCAAGAGUUGGUACUGCCAGAGAUUGGCUAUCAGUUACUGCACACUUAUGCUGAACAGAUACAGAAUUGGGGUUGGAUCUGCAACAUACAUGCUCAGAAUUCAAGGUCCUUCACAAAGAAUUUGGAUCUCUCCACAAAAAGCCAACUGUUAUCACACUUCUUGCAGUGAAGCACAAUAUCCCUUGUUUUUUUUUUCUUCAAUGUUUAUUUCAUAUUUUCGUUUUGACCAUUUAACUUCAUUUGAUGGCCUACUGUUUGAAUGCAUUUGCCUGUAUCCUAUAUGCAUGUUUAACUGUCUUUCAUGUUGAAUUCUUUCUUUUGAAAUUUUUUAAUAUUGAGAAAUGAUUGGACGUGAUC